UACUCAUUCUUUAGCAGAAAUCGCGUGACCGGGUCGGUUUGCCACGAGUCAUCAAUAUCCCUUUCUGGAUCCCAUCUGGAUUCGUUCGGAUGCGGCCUAAAGCAACAUCAUGAGGAACCUGCCCUUCUUUUUUGGGGCUUUAUUGCUCUUGGACGGUUCACUUUGGGAUGACGUAUCACAUCCGCUACCUUCGCAGAAAUCACGUGACUUAGUUCGAUUAGAGCCCAUCAUCAUCAUCAUCAUCAUCAUAAUCAGUAAGCUAUCCUGGAUCAAGUCAUUCAGUUUGGAUGCGGUCAGAAGUGACAUCAACAUGAGGAACCUGUCUCUCCUUUUGGGGCUUGUACUUGUCCAUGGAGUGUUUGGUGUCGAUGAAGUGAAGUCCGUGUCCGUGAUGGUGGGAGAUUCUCUCACUCUAAACUCUGAUUUUACUGAAACAAAGGGAGACGAGCUGCAGUGGAGGAUUGAAGGUGAAAGCAAUGUCUUAGCACAGAUUGAUAGAGAAGUCAAUAAAUUCUUAGUUCCUGGGAAUAAUGAAGAGAGAUUCAGAGGCAGACUGAAGCUGGAUCAUCAGACUGGAUCUCUGACUAUCAUGAACAUCCGAAACACAGACUCUGGAGAAUAUGAACUAAAGAUCAAGGACAGCAUGAAUGAGAACAAUUACAGAUUCACUGUCACUGUCCGCGAUGUGUUUUUUGUUGAUACAGAUGGAGUGAAGUCAGUAUCAGUGACUGAGGGAGAUACUGUCACUCUACACACUGGUGUUACUGGUGAUCAGUUAAUGUGGAAGUUUGGAGAUCAAGAGUUAAACGGCCCUGAUGACAAGAGAUGGAGAAACAUUGAUCUGGAUAAUGAACACAGAGAUCUCACCAUCACAAACAUCCGAUCAGAUCAGUCUGGAGAAUAUAAAUUGAAGAUCGAAACCAGCAGUAUGAUCUUACAAAGGAAAUUGCAUAUUAAUGUUCAUGGUGAAAUGACGCCAGUAUCAGAGAAGGAGGGAGAUCCUGUCAUUUUACACACUCGUCUUAUCCUACAUAUUAAUGAUCAGAUAAAGUGGAUGUUUAAUGGCCAGCUCAUUCCUGAAAUCAAUGAAGGCACCAACGGCAGACUAUAUCUUGAUCGUCCAUCUGGAUCACUCAUUAUCACUAAAUCCAAAAUCACAGACUCUGGAGUUUAUCAACUGAACAUGAUCAGCAGCUCACACACCGUUCAGAGGGACAUCAGUGUUACUGUCAUUGUGUCAGCUCAACAAACCCCAGAUCCAGGUCUGUCUUCAGGUGCUUUAGCAGGGAUUGUUGGUGGUGUUGUUCUGCUGGUGUCUGCAGUUUUAGCUGCUGUUGUGAUUUACCAAUGCCGCACAAUCUCUAAACUACGUAGAGAUCCAGAAGAUCCCAACAGCAGCAAUGAUCAUCAGAGAUCCAGCAACAGCAGAAGAAGAGAUCAACACUGUCAGAGACGCUGAGACUGGAGGAGGAGAGAGAGUUUCCCGGUCAGAUUC